CCGACUUCUUCAAGAUUGCGAUUACACCGUCAGCUCCUAAAUCAAUGGAACAGGACCACGAAAUCGAUCCUCCGAAAACUACAACGCUGCUAAAAAGUCUUUCUGCUACGAACCUAUCGAAGCGACUGAAGAUAUCUCCUCUUGGCCACAGUCUCACUGAAAUCGA